CGGAACGCACAGAAGCGGGUGGACCGAGCACACCGGAGGGAGUUCUCCGGGCCGCCGCCGCCUUCCUGCUGCGGCAGGGGCGUGGAGGGCAGGGGCGGCAGAGCUCAAUUGCAAACAUGGCUCAGAGCAGAGACGGCGGGAACCCAUUCCCCGACUCCGACGAGCUUGACAAUCCCUUCCAGGACCCAGCUGUGAUCCAGCACCGACCCAGCCAGCAGUAUGCCACGCUUGAUGUCUACAACCCUUUUGAGAACCGAGAGCCUCCACCAGCCUAUGAGCCUCCUGCCCCAGCCCCAGCCCCAGCCCCAUUGCCGCCACCCGCAGCUCCCUCUGUCCAGUCCUCAAGAAAGCUCAGCCCCACAGAGCCCAAGAACUAUGGCCCCUACAGCACUCAGGCUUCUGCUGUUGCAGCCACUGCUGAGCUGCUCAGGAAGCAGGAGGAACUCAACCGAAAGGCAGAGGAGUUGGACCGCCGGGAGCGAGAACUGCAGCAUGUUGCCCUGGGUGGCACACAUACUCGACAGAACAACUGGCCUCCCCUACCAUCUUUUUGCCCAGUUCAGCCUUGCUUUUUCCAGGACAUCUCCAUGGAGAUCCCUCAAGAAUUUCAGAAGACAGUAUCCACCAUGUACUACCUCUGGAUGUGCAGCACUUUGGCUCUUCUCCUGAACUUCCUCGCCUGCCUGGCCAAGUUCUGUGUGGAAACCAGCAGUGGCUCAGGCUUUGGGCUGUCUAUGCUUUGGCUCCUCCUUUUCACUCCCUGCUCCUUUGUCUGCUGGUAUCGCCCGAUGUAUAAGGCUUUCCGGAGUGAUAGUUCAUUCAAUUUCUUCGUUUUUUUCUUCAUUUUCUUCGUCCAGGAUGUGUUCUUCGUCCUCCAGGCCAUUGGCAUACCAGGGUGGGGCUUCAGUGGCUGGGUCUCUGCAAUUGUGACGGUGAGCACCAACACGGCUGUAGCUGUGCUCAUGCUCCUGGUUGCCCUGCUCUUCACUGGCGUCGCGGUGCUGGGAAUUGUGAUGCUGAAGCGGAUCCACUCCUUGUACCGCCGAACAGGUGCCAGCUUUCAGAAAGCCCAGCAAGAAUUUGCUGCCGGAGUCUUCUCCAACCCAGCAGUUCGAACUGCUGCCGCCAAUGCAGCCGCAGGGGCUGCUGAAAAUGCCUUCAGGGUCCCAUAACCCCCACUGGGAUGUCCUGACCCUGCCACCUGUGGGAACUAAGAUAGUCCCUAUCCCUGAAGUCUCAGGGAUUCAGGGAGACAUCACUACUUAUUGACUUCUAUAGGGCUCUGAAUUCCACAGCCACGACUCUAAACCUGACUUGGAGGUGUGGGGAGCCCACUGUGACUCAGUCAUUACUUGCCUUUGUCCCCCAUCUGGCCACACUGCUGCCACCUCUCUCUCACACACACACCCCAAACCCAGUUUCCCUCUGCUGUGCCAAGGAUGUCUCUUCCGUUAUUUAAAUUAAAAAAAGAAAAAAAAGUAUAACUGAAA